AUGAACACGCUGUCCGUGGCUGGAGUCAUGAUUACGACGGUUUGUGAUGUAUAUGACUUCGGGAUAACCUUGGAAUCUGAUAAAUCCUACAACGAUACGCUCAACCGUCUAUAUAAGUUCGUUAAACGAGAGAACGGGCUCGCUGACAAGAACACUGAAGAAGCCUGCAGAGUCUGGACUGGAGUGUUUGGUGCAGCUGUGAUCGCCGAUUUGUGGGAUCCGCCUCGAGAUGAGUACUGGGACUUGUCAGGAUUGACCAGCCUCUUCUUGUGGUUGCAAUCGAAUGACACCGUUCCCGUGGUCGACCAGCUCCCGGACACGAGGUGGAAGGAUAAAAUUGGCCAGUUGCUAAGGUGCAUACUCGGCCACGGGGCUUUUACUGAUUCACAACGUCCCCCGGCUCAUUGCGGUCUCGUGCCGAGGUCAAGUCAAAAUGGGGACAUUAUCUGUGUCAUUUUAGGAUGCAACAUGCCAAUGGUACUUCGUCCUCAUGGCAACGGCCGGUUCACAUUAGUAGGGCAAUGUUUUGUUAGUCAUAUACCCUUCGGCGAUGCAGUCCUAGGACCAUUUUCGGAUAUCACUCAGGCAUAUAUCCGGACAGAGGCUAAUGCCUGCAAUUUGUUUGUUUUCAAAAAUAAUGAUACCGGGACAGUUGCGGUCGCAGAUCCUCGUCUCGAGAGAUUUCCUGGCUUCGAAGAGUACAGAGAAGAGCUAAGAGAUAAUCCCUGGAGAAAAUUCAAAAUCCAUCCUCAGCUUCUACGCGAUGAAGGGGUCAAUAUCCAAUACUUCAAUAUUGUCUAG